CGUGAUAUCAUCACUCCUCUAUGGCUAUAACUAAUAGAUGACAUCUACAACUACAACCUUACGGAUCUAUUUGCGGCCAAUUACAAUCGCCAUGCCUGACCAGCCAGUCAUCAUUUCGUCGGAGUUAUCGGAUUUCGUAAUCUGACAUUUUAAACCACGUUGCCGGUGUCACAAUCAGAACCAGCAGCUUAUACCGUAAACCAUCUUGGAUCUACUCCAGCUACUAAUAAAUCAUGGUUCUGCGAAAGGAUGAGCUGGAGGCGAAGCUGAAAGAUGACCUCGAAUUAGUCAGGAGUGGUGUACUUCGCGAUGACAAUCCACUUGAUACCAGCAAGGAGUUCAACGAACUUCUGGAAGCAUGUCGACGAGGCGAUCUCAAGAGAACUCAGGAGCUGAUUUCUGCUGGAGUCAAUAUUAACGGCAAAGACAGGUUCGAUUAUACUCCACUCAUAGUUGCAAGUCUCUGCGGGCAUUAUGAGUUAGUUGAGUUGUUACUCGAGUCCGGCGCUCUGGCUGAGCGUGACACGUUUCAGGGAGAAAGAUGUAUCUAUAACGCUCUAAACGACAAGAUCAGGAACCUGCUUCUUAAGUACGACUACUCAAAAUCUACAGAUCCCUUACAGCCAUGGGCAGCCCAUAUCAGCGCCUUGCUAUCUAGAGAUAUACCCAAAACCUCUGAUAUAACCCUGAUUACACUAUCAAAGUCGUUCGAGCUUCACAAGUUCCUCCUUUCCGCUAGGACACCUUACUUUCAGAGAAAACUUGCGGAGGCACCUGGGACGGAAACAUGGAAACUGCCUCAUUCUAUACCGAUUGAGUCAUUCCAGGUAGUCCUGCGGUAUCUAUACCUCGGAGAUAUACCGAGAGAUAUAGUUGAUGCUCGAAGUAAUAGCACCGAGGAAGAAGUCCUGACAGGAGUUGACAAGAUCAGCAAGCAUUUAGAGAUUGAUAAGCUAUGGGAAGCUAUUCUCUCUGGCAGCGACCGGCGAUUGGCUCGGCAGAGGCAUCAGGAUGAAGUUAAUCGAGCUCAGGGGCAAAUUGAAGGCUUUUUCCAAGAGAAGGUGCUAGGACAUAAGAUGAUCGUCGACUCCAGGAAGGUCCACGAAGUCAAAUGGCCGCACGAUAAUUCUAUAUUUGCGGACUGUCUCCUACGAGCUGACGAAGGUGGGGAUGAAGACGAGAAAGACGAAGGCCCCGGAAAACAAGAAGAGGUCAACGGAAUACCUAUUGGUCCAGGUGCUAGAUCACCAAGACAGCACAGCACAAAGAAGGUUAAAAAAUCCGUCUUAUACCCUGCCCAUAAAGCGAUGCUCAUCCGCUCACCGUACUUCGAAACCAUGUUUUCUGGUCCAUUUCGCGAGGCUCAAGCAUCGGAACAUCUACAUAUCAUUAAGGUUGAUUGUCUGCCCGAGGUUCUUGAGAUCAUUCUAACAUUCUUGUACACUGAGAAAGUUGAAUGCCCUCUGGAGCUGGGCCUGGAUCUACUUUACGCGUCCGAUAUGCUGUUUCUGGACAAGGUAAAGAACAAAGCCGCGGUCGCUAUUAGCACAUUAGGGAGCGGGAACAACAAUGUAUUGGUCGAUCGGACACAUAUUCACGGAGGCGAUGAUGCUCUGGAAGUUGAGGUUGAGCCUAUAAAUGUAUAUGACGUUAUACAUGCGGCCUGGGAUCUGCGGGUUCAGCGGUUAGAGGAAUUCUCUGCACGGUAUCUCGCGUAUCGUCUGGAGGAUUACAUCGACGAGGAGGAAUUUAUGGAACUGAUCCAAGAAAGUGCAGCAAGACUUAAGACGAGAGAGGAAACGGAUACGAUCGAGUUGCUAGACGAUAUUCGGUAUUACUUGUCUGAGCGCUUCAGACUACGGUUUGAAGAUGCAGGGUUGGAUGAGAUGUUGGACGAAAAUGGCGAAGUUGACCCGGUAGCAGCAGAACUGCUAGCCUCCCAGGGGAAGAACGUAGCUUCUGGGGAUGCGCCCAGGAAUGAAUCCCUUGGAAAAGAGAACGACGCAGCCCUUCCAGCAAAGGCAGGCAUGAUGGAAGCACUGGCUAGUUCUGGUGGUGUGGUUCGAACUCUGGAUGGAGAGCUCGUCGAGGACGAAUUCGCCUCCGACGCUAUAAACUAUCAACUCCUAUUGCAAAAGAUCGAUACAGUGUUAGAAAAGCUGAAGCUAGACGCGUAGAAGGUCAUUACAUCAUGUUUGUAGAUCGGUUACGAUACAUACUAUCUAGAGUUUAAUCAAAUAGUCAUCAAUAUACUCAAGCCGUACAUGUCGUGUUUCCUACCUCUAAGCUC